AUGGAUUUCGAUGAUUUCUUUCGAUUUGCAAAAUCCAAUGAUAUUGAUUUUAAUCAAGCAAGAAGAAAUAUGAGCAGCAUUAUUUCAGUCCAUGGAACGUUCGUUCAAGGAACAACGUUAUACAGCGAAAAUACAAAUUUAAAUCUCGAAUAUAAAGAAAACAAAUGGGGAAUAACGGUAACCAAACAAAAACGUGUACUUUAUGUAGCCGAAAGCAUAGAUGAUGAGUUUUCUUUUAAUUUGACAUUUUUGACAUUUAAUCCAGACAUUUUCUUUUAUGCAAAUAAUGUGGUUGAAUUGGCCAAGUUUACAGCAGUACUAACAAUCAUUCAAAAUCAAAAAGAAAUUAAAGUAGAAGUAGAUGAUGUCGAAAAAUCAAUGUUUUUACUUCUAAUGUCUGAUAAAAGCAAAAAGAAUUUCACAUUAGCAUAUAAGAAAUCAGCUCAGAACCUAGAUUUUACAUUUUUAAUUUCACCAAAAAUUGGAAAUAUUUAUGCCAAUGUUAAAGAAGAUUUUAUUUUAUACGGCCUUGUUCUUCCAUAUGCAGGAGUUGAGGAGCAGCCAGAACUUCCUCCACAAGCAUGCUUUUACGAUUCAAAAUUACCAGAUAAAGUAUAUUCGCCAAAUUACGAUGAUGCUUUAGUUAGAGGAAUUGUUGCUCUUUCCAAAAAAGUAGAAAAAGAUAAAGAAAAGGUAGAAAAACCAAACGAAUCUUUAUUAGAAAUCGCAAAAUUAGAAUUCGAAGCAGAGAAUGAUAAAAUAAGAAAUAACAUUGAUAUUGAAAUCGAAAAUCUUAAGAGAGAAAUGAUUUCUGGCGCAAUUUUUGAAAAUACUCUCGAUGAUUUCGAAACAACAAUAGCUCACAAGCUUAAUUUCGGUGGAUCAGCUGCUAUAACUGGUAAAGAAGCUGCUUCUUUACUCCGGUCCUUGAAUAAAUAA